AUCAUUGCUGUGUAUGAUCCAAGCACUGAGCUGUGGAGCCUCUUGCCCACCACUGGACCUCUACCCCCUGAAGAGCGGGGUGGUUGCUCUGUUUGUGUAGGUCGUUGCCUGUACACCUUUGGUGGUAGUGAUGGGUCUUCUUACGUCAAUGACAUGAGCAAGCUUGAUCUGGACACUCUCCAGUGGACCAAAGUUCAAACCUCUGGUAGUCAGCCUAUGAAAAAGGCUUUCUGUGGACUUGUCCGUGUGAAUGAGAGAACUUUGUGCUGCUUUGGAGGACUCGGUAUUGAGGGCACCACACAACCAGGAUCAACAUUCACCAAGAGUGGACACUCUGAUGGAAUGGGAUGGACAAACGAGUUUCAUUUCUUUGACACACAAAAUGGUGUGUGGUCGUCCCCCCCUGAGCUCAGAGGAGAGAGAGACCUCCUCCCUGUGAUGACUUCACCUUCACCAUGGUGGACCAGCACAGGGCAGUUCUCUUUGGAGGGUGGCAACCUGGCCGUGGUGUGGUCAAUGAAGUCUACAUAUUUGACUUCAGGACCAUGGAGGUCACUAAGGUGAAGCCAGUACAGGGAGAGCCAUGGCCAGUGGAGAGGGAAGGCCAUGCUGCCUGUUGUCUCAACUAUGGCCAGGACCACCCUCAACUACUGGUGUACGGAGGACUGGGUGAGGACAACGAGCCAUUGGGGGACAUGUGGUUACUGGAUGUUGAUACUGUCAAGUGGGCAGAGGUGACACCUCCUGAGUCAAUGACACCACAUUACUACCACUCCAUCACUGCCACCAGUCUGGGACCAGGACUCACUGAGGUCCUCGUGUUUGGAGGCAAGCAGGAGGUGGGGAGAGAUCCCCUUGCUGAGACCACCGUACUGAGAUUUAAGUUGACUGGACCCUCAGCGUCUGUUGCUGGACCCUCAGCUGGGAAGUGGGCUCUCGUGGAUGUGGCCCACAACGACACUAGAGGCUCCGCCCAGCGACUGAGUGAGAAGAGGAUCAGACAAGCAAUCGCUUGUGCCUCAUUUGUCAGUGAGACCAGCGACCGCUCCUCUCAAGACCGGGUGAGGGCUCUGGAACAACAGUUACGAGCAGCAGAGCAGAGAGAGCACGACACUCAACGUCACCACCACCUACAGUUGCAAGAGAAAGAUCGAGAAUUGACCGAGGCCAACUGUCGUCAUGGAGAUGCUGAGGAAAGAGCACAGCUGGCAGAGCAAAGAGAGCAAGCUACACAAUUACUUUUACAAGUGAAAGAUCGAGAAUUGGCGAUUAGAGAUCAUGAAUUAGUUACACAAGCUAGAGAAUUGGCUGAGAUCAACAGAAGAGAAGCUGACCUGUCUGCUCGAAUCAUAGCUCUAGAGAGGGAGUUAGAAGGCAAGACGAAAGAGUUGGCAGCACACAACACAGAGGUGUGGAGGAUUCCGGCAAACAGAGUGAUCACGAUGAGAACGAUUGGCACUGGAGGAUGGGGGGAGGUACUGGAGGGAACAGUGAGCGUAGCCGUCAAGCGACUCUUUGCUGCCAUUGUCAACCCACGCAAUCUGGAGAGACUCCAGAGAGAAAUGAGGCUCUUGGCUGAAGUACGACACCCCAAUCUGGUGCAUUCAUUGGGGCAGUGUUUGACCAGUCCCCUCCUCUCAUCAUCACUGAGCUUCUGGACAUAAAUCUCCGACAAGCGUACGAAGAGAAUCAACUGGACCCAGGAAACCGCCUCUCGAUCUUCAUGGACAUUGCCCUAGCUCUGGACUACCUGCACCAGCGCUACGAUCCCAUCAUCCACCGUGAUGUGAGUGCUCCCAACGUCCUCCUCCAGCGAAUGCCCAACCACCAGUGGAAGGGGAAGGUCUCUGACCUUGGCUCAGCCAACUUCCUGCAGCAUGCUCAUACGAUGGGAGAGGGGGCCAUGAUCUACUCCCCUCCUGAAGUCAUCCCUCAACCGCUUGUACGACCUCCUCCACAAACUGUCAAGAUUGACGUCUACAGCUACGGCAUUGUGUUGGCUGAAGUGACUGCCAGUCGAUUUCCGAGUCAAGAUAAUUUCCCUGAGAUAUUUGAAAGAAUCAAGAGAGAGCGUCCUGCAGUGUACGAGCUGAUAGUCGGCUGUAUUGAGAGAGAGCCCAGCCAUCGACCCAGCAUGGCACAGGUGAUGGUGGAACUGAACAAAAUAGCACCCUUUUAACUAUGAACAAUGUGAACACUUAUAAUUAUCUAGUACCGUCUUCUUAAUUAAUUAAUUAUAAAUUACUUCAUGAAUUUUAUUUUUAGCUUUGGCUUUUGUAGUGUGUGUUUGCACUCUCCUAUUAUGAUGAUACUAUUGUCAGACUUUA